AGCUGGCUGUGCUGCCAGUGUGUACCCAAGCAAUACCUGCAGCGGAGGAUUCCUUCCUUGGAGGCAGCAGCCUGUCAGCAUGGCUCAAGAGUUUGUGAACAGCAAGAUCCAGCCUGGGAAGGUGGUUGUGUUCAUCAAGCCCACCUGCCCCUACUGCAUAAGGACCCAAGAGCUCCUCAGCCAACUGCCCUUCAAACGAGGGUGCUUGGAGUUUGUAGAUAUCACAGCCACCAGUGACACAAAGAAGAUUCAGGACUACUUGGGACAGCUCACAGGAGCCAAAACGGUACCUCGAGUCUUUUUUGGUAAAGAUUGUAUAGGUGGAUGCAAUGAUCUAAUAAAUAUGCAUGAGAGGGGGGAACUGUUGAUGCGGCUACAGCAACUUGGAGCCCUACAAUAAUUAUAGCAGACCCCAGGUUGAUAUCUCCCUUGAGAGCUGGAGGCGUUGCAAAUGAUGACAGCAGUUCCUGGUGGACAGACCUGGGGCUCCCUUUCCCAACUACAGCAACUGUUUGCUAAAAUUCUGAAAUGCAUUAACCAAAAAAGGAAGGAGGAAUUUUUGGACAAAAACAGCUUUUUCUUCUUUUGACUCAGUGUUACAAGUGGACUGACUUGCCCCAAACCACAGAAGGUUGAUGGAAGUGUAAGGUUUCUUCUGGAUUGGCCCUUCGGGUUCCACAGGACCAUAACAAGGAUUCACUCAAUGACCCAGAAGGCUUUCUUUUCCCUUUGGCACAUGUUUCCUACUGUUCUCUGUGUGCUAGAACUCCUCUACCUCUAAACCACUGUCGCUCAACCAGGUUUAUCCCAGGCCCACUAGGAUGACUCUGUAGCUGGUUUUUUUCUGCUACUGCCUGAAAAUAAUUUUGUUGAGUCUGACUUCACAGAGUCUGUAUUAUGAAAUCAGUAUUUUGAACGUGCUUUUUCAAACUACAUGUGUCUCUACAAUCGCCAUCCCUACCGCACUCCAUCCUAUCCUGAGAAUCAGUAGUCUGAGCCAGUGUUCUUGACCUCGGCAACUCACAGAUCUCAUAGGAAAUUUCAACAAUUUCAUGAAGGGUCUUGAGGACCCAAUUUGAGAAACACACGUGAAAAGCUAAGCAUGUUGGUCUUCGCUUGGUGCCCCAGGGAACAGAGGCACAAGUGUAGAUGCUGCAGCCCUGUGGCGACACUGUUAUAUAGGAUGGUCAUCCAGCUAAUCCUGAACAAGUGUAUAUUACUUUGUUUAGAUGAUGAACAAAAGUAAAACAUAGAGUUACAUUAUCAAAGAAACUUGCAAUCCCCUCUCCCAAGAAUAUGUCUGUGAAAGUAGCCAAAUUUGGGAAAUACUGCCUAAAUGAUUUUCUCUCCUUAUUUCCCCACUCUAUGAAAACGUAAGAAUCCCUUAUUGUGAAGUUUGUUCUGGAUUAAGUUAAUUUCCUUCUGCAGUAUCUAGUGUGUACAGUUAAUUUCUUUUCUAAUAAAAAUUGCCCAUUUUUGACCCA